AUGGACUUUGCUUUUGGAAAGGACGAUGUUAUAGAUGGACACCAUUAUGCAGAAAGGGAUUUAAAGUUCAUCCAGAAGGUCCAAGCAAUCCAUCAGGCAGUAGAAGCACAGUUGGAGCAGAGCCAAGCAAAAUACAAGGCUCGCCAUGACAAGCAUCGCAUAGAUCAUCAUUUUCAGGUUGGUGACCGUGUUUGGUUACAUAUCAGCAAGGAAAGGAUGCAAGGUGAAGGUAAGAAGCUUAAGCCUAUCAGAUAUGGUCCCUUUGAGAUCUUGGAAAAGAUUGGUACCAAUGCCUUUCACCUUAAUCUUCCUCCAUAUAUGCAAAUUUACUCAGUUGUAAAUGUAAAAAAUCUGAAGUUGUACGAGCCUCCAAUGAUAUUCGAUGAAGAGGCUAAUAUUAAAGUUCCUUCAGUUGAUGACCUUGCACCUGAGUAUAUGUCAAAGCUUCUAGAGGAUGUCAUCCUAGACAGAAACAUCAGAUCUUCAAAAAGAGGUGGUGUUGAGUACCUUAAAGUGGGACGAAAAGGAAUGCAUCCUGGUAAGGCAAAAUGGAUGGAGAUUGGUAAAGUGAGGGAACUAUACCCUCACCUACUUUCUAAGUAA